AUGGCCGUCAACGCGACGAUGACGGGCGUCUACCAGCUCGAGCCGGUCGCCCACGCCAACCACCCGUCCUUCCUCCAUCUGGUGCUGCUCGUCUUCGAGGCCGUCCUAGAAGUCGUCUGUGUCAGUCUUCCGGGAUAUAUCGCCGCCAGGCAGGGCAUGUUCGAUGCCGAUGCCCAGAAACUCGUCGCCAACCUGAAUGUGAUGCUGUUCACUCCGUGUCUGAUCUUCACGAAACUCGGAUCUCAGCUCACGGCUGAGAAGCUGACCGAUCUCGCCAUCAUCCCGGUGAUUUUUGUUAUCCAGACCUGUGUCUCGUACGGCUGUGCCUUUGUUGUGGCUCGGAUAUGUCGCUUCAAGAAGCGCCAGUCCAACUUUGUGGCUGCCAUGGCGGUAUUCGGCAACUCCAACUCCCUCCCUAUCUCCCUCGUCAUGUCGCUCUCCCAGACCCUUAAAGGCUUGCACUGGAGUCGUGUUCCGAAUGACAAUGACGACGAAGUGGCCGCACGCGGUAUUCUGUACCUGCUCAUCUUCCAACAACUGGGUCAGCUUGUGCGCUGGAGCUGGGGCUACCAUGUCCUGCUCGCCCCCAAGGAACGCUAUCUCGAAGAACAGGAACAGGAAAGGGGCGUCCCCCGCAUCCAACGUGGCCAGGCUCGCUACAGUGACAACCCAAACCAGACAGACCCCGACGAGCCCUUGAUCCGCACCCGGAGCGAGGACGAUUUCGACGACCUCGACGCCGAUACCGUGCAUGUGCCUAGCAAAUUCGGUUCCGGGGACCAGACACCCGUCACUACUCGCACCUACUCACACGCCAAACUGUCUUCGCUUGACGCCUCGGCCGUGGAGCCUGGACACAUUCAUGGCGGCGGUGAUGAUAACAGCGACUCUAGCGAAGAUGACUCGCACGAUUCUGUCCUCGGUCCACCGCCAGAGGGUCCCUUCCUACCGCGCCAGGUGACCCAUGGCGAUAUAAUGACCUUUCCUAACGUCGAAGUCACUCGACGCCAGAGUUCCCGAGAGCCGACCGGGGCCAGUGGGUGGGGGAAACGAUGCAAGAAAACCAUCCGCCGGGUUCGCACCCGCAUUGUUCGUUGCUGGCAUGAGCGCUCAUCGGCCCUUUUCCAACAACUGCCGCCGGGUGUGCAGAAGGCCCUGACUACAACUGGCCGCUGGCUGCGCCGGACGGCCAGGGGUGUCUGGGCAUUUAUGAACCCGCCGCUGUGGGCGAUGCUGGUGGCGAUCGUAGUCGCCUCGGUCCCCGCGCUGCAGCGACUUUUCUUCGACGACGGCACCUUUGUCCGCAACUCGGUGACCCGCGCCGUCCAACAGAACGGACAGGUCGCCGUGCCGCUGAUUCUCGUCGUCCUGGGCGCCAACCUGGCGCGCAACACGAUCCCCGAAGAGGCCCUCGCCGACCUGGAACACCCCAAGGAGGAACGCAAGCUGAUCAUCGCCUCUCUGGUCGCCCGCAUGCUGCUGCCAACCCUCUUCAUGGCUCCCAUCCUCGCCCUCCUCGCCAAGUUCGUCCCCAUCAGCAUCCUCGGCGACCCCAUCUUCAUCGUCGUCUGCUUCCUCCUCACUGGCGCCCCGUCGGCCCUGCAACUCGCCCAGAUCUGCCAGAUCAAUAACGUCUAUGUAGGCGCCAUGUCCUCGCUCCUCUUCCAAAGCUAUGUCGUGUGGUCGGAUUAG